GACCACCAAAAUCCAUCUUCUGACAUUGAUCUCCAACACUUAUCCCCUCCCUUAUCCUUGUCCCCUAAUGACUCUCCAUCUCAAGCUAAUGAACUGUUUGGUGAAGAGCCUGUACCACCUUGUUUGGCGUCCCAGAUUCCCCCCCGCAAGCGUGUAGUUGCCCAUCAAGGUCCACCUGCAGCACCUGUUACUCAUGAUUCUAGAAAGGUCCUUACCUCAUCGCCCUCAUCUGUUUGUCACUUACCAUCUGAUGAUUUGCGCCAUGCUAUUAAGGUGCCCCGGCAACGUGAGAGAACCGUGGUCUGUUUACAGUCUUCCCCUCCUCCAUCCUCGCCUUCCCGCCACCGGCCGUUACCUUCUAGUUCGCCAGAGUGUAUAGUCAUUGAUGAUGAUGUUGACACUAAGUAUUAUGAUGAACGUGCUAAUCGAGAUCAAGCGCUUAAUGUUCUUCGAUCGGUAUUUAAAGCUGCUGAAGAUUUAGCAAAGUCCCCUGCUUCUCCAUCCUCUCCGAAUUCUGCGUGUGAAGAUCUGGUUAAGUUGCGUGGUAGCACUGAUACUUCGUCGUCUGCCAAUCCCUCGGUUGCUGUCCCUGCACAGAGUAUUUUGGCCUCGGUAACCCCUCGUGACACUACUGACACCACAAAAUCCUCGCCUACGCAGGAUUCCACUCCUUUGUCAUUACCUUCUCGACCUACUGCUGAAUUACUGGACCCAUCCUUGCGUGAACCCUCGGAGACUGACUCCUUGGAGUCCCCUGAUUCCUGCAACGCUUUGGUCAUUCCCUCCCUUGCAAUGCCCGAAUUUGGUGAGCACUCUCAAGCUGAUAACCUUAGUCCUUCGAUAGCGUCAAAUGAUUCUACGUUUGAUGAUACCCAUAUUCCCUCCUCACCAGAACCUGUGCUCCCUGAACCUUCGACCGCGCCUCCAACUUCUCCUAAGUCCCUCAACCCCUCACCUGAUCUAUUUCCCUGUUCGGACUCGCCUCCUGACCUCCCACCACGAUCGGUUUAUCCAAGUGAACCAUCCUCCGCUUCUCCCGUAGUACCUAUUUCCCCCAGGACGCCUGAUUUUCUUGACCCUACGUCGAGUCAACUUGAUUGUACACCAUUUGGUCAUACUGUUGUCACCAAUUCCAAUGUUCCCUCUCCUGAAAGGUCCCCCACCCACCAACCAUCCCCACCCUUAUCCCUGUCGCCGAGUGAUUCUCCAUCCAAAGUCAGUGAUUUAUUCGGUGAUCACCCACAAUCAAAGUUAUCCAAGAGUCCCACCUCGUGCACAGUGCAUUCUCAUUGCUCUGUUGCGGGUCAUGAGACCAGAAUUGUUUCUACUGCACAGCCGGCGAAGGGAGACCUGCCGUCCAAUGACUUCGUCAUAUUAUUAAAGCGUCUCAGAAGAAUGCAAGGGUAAUAACAUGUUCAACCUCUUCCCGGCAACCAUCCCCUCCUGAAUCCCCGGAGUGUAUUGUCCUUGAUGAAAUUGAGGAUCCUGCCGUCAAGCGUGAUCGUGAGACUCGUGAGGAGGCGUUGAGAGUUCUACGCUCUGUGUUUCACACAGCCGAAGUUUUGGCAAUGUCUCCAACAUCAUCUUUGUCCCCCGCCGGAUCACUGGAUGACCUGAUCAAACUUCGUGGGAGUACGAAUUCCUCCUCGACACCCAAUACUCCCCCUGGGCCCUCAGCUAUUCCACCUUCUGAGUCACCUCGUGUUGAUGAUGUAAUUGCACCCCCGCCCCCUGUAACUCGUCUCCUGCAUCCUACCCACAAGAGCCAUCAAACUAACUUAUCUCAGGUUAUAACUGAUGCGUUGAAACUUGCUAGAUCAUCCCCUAAACGACGUGUGAGUAGCCCUUCUGAGGUUGUGAAUCCCUUACCUGAUGACGAAUCUGCACCCUCGGAUCAUGGUGAUAUGGAUGGUGACCCUCUUGAUGACGAGCCAAUACCAUCCGCUCAAGUUCGACCACCUAGGCCCCCUGUUCCUCCACCACCGCCGCGGCCUAAUCCAAGAGAUACCCCUCCUCGUGCGAAUCAAGCUGGUGAUGAUGAUGAUGUUGAUGCUUUUAACGAUUCCCAAGCAUUACCCAUCCCAGGCGAAGAUCAACAACGUUUGCUUGAUUUUCACAAUAAGUGGCGUGCUGUUUUCUCGGAAGACUCGACCUGGCAGCAGUUUACGGAUCAGUGUGUUGAAUUUGCUUCGGAAGCUCGUUCUCUGGCUUCUGAUCUUAUUAAGCCACCUGGUGCUCGUGUGCGCAACAAAAACCCUGAUCCCCCUCCUCCGAGGCGUCCUGCGAACGGUCGGCCUAUUGCUCGAUUUGACCCGGUUGCUGCUAGACGGAUACAAGGACUUUACCGACAUUCGAAGAAACGUGCAGCUCGGCAGCUCCUCAAUGACAAUACCGUCUCAUAUGGGGGCACCUUGGAGGAUGCUCAUACCUACUUCACAGAUGUGUUUGAUGAGAAACGUGCUAAUGCUAGUGUCUUAGGUGAAGGACUCAACACGUUUGUUCCGACUGGGGUGGAUCACGAAGACACUGAGGACUUAUAUUCAGAAAUCUCGGAGAGUGAAGUAGCGGCCAAACUUCGAUCUGCUGCGAAUACUGCCCCUGGUGCUGAUCGUUGCGAGUAUAGUCAUCUGAAAAAGAUUGACCCAGCUGCAAAGAUUCUCACUCUCAUAUUUAAUCGUUGUCAGCGUCAGAAGGAUGUUCCCCAGCCGUGGAAAGAGGCAUUAACCAUCCUUAUCUAUAAGAAAGGUGAUGAUCGUGAUGUUAGUAACUUUCGGCCAAUUGCUCUCAUGUCAGUGAUCUACAAACUGCUGAUGGGGGUAGUUGCAAAGCGUUUAACCCGUUGGUCUAUCGAAGCUGGUAUAUUAUCUGAUGAACAGAAAAGUGCGAGACCAUCUGAGGGCUGUUACGAACAUACCUUCUUACUAAAGUCUCUGGUUGCAGAUGCCAGACGUCGGAAGCAGAAAUUGUUCCUUGCUUGGUUGGACAUUCGUAAUGCUUUCGGUAGUGUUCCCCAUAACACCAUUCGAGCUACCCUUCGUCAUAUCGGUGUUCCUGCUGAUCUAAUUGCAUUGAUAAUGAAUGCCUAUCGUGGUGCUACUACAGUGGUUCGUACGCCGCAAGGGACUACCGAACCAAUACCAGUUGAGGCUGGAGUUAAACAAGGCUGCCCGUUGAGCCCCAUCCUUUUCAAUUUGUGUAUUGAACUGAUCCUGCGCAUGGUCAAGAAGAAGGCGUCAAAGUUGAAGUCGGGUGCCUGUGUAUAUCAUGGUUCCACUAUUUCCUGCCUGGCUUAUGCAGAUGACCUUGUCAUAAUUGCACGUAGUAGACAUGCCCUACAGAAAUUACUGGAUGAGGCUUCUGACGGUGCUACCAUCCUUGGUUUCUCCUAUAGACCGGAUAAGUGUGCAUCCAUCUCCUUGGUUACUGAUGGUAAACGAACAGUUAGGACGGAAGUCAAUGAAUUCCUUGUUCAAGGUACACGUGUUCCUGCCUUAGAGAAUGAAGAAUCCUACCGCUAUCUUGGGGUUCCAAUUGGUCUCAUACACAACAUUGAUGACAUUCCAAACAUCGUUCCACGCCUUAUUCGUGACCUUGAAACGAUUCGUUCUUCUCUUCUUGCCCCGUGGCAGAAGCUGGAUGCAAUUCGAACAUUCAUCCAACCCUGCUUAACAUAUGCGUUGAGAGCUGGUAAUCCCCUUAAACAAUCCUUGCGGGACUAUCGCUCAUUGUUGGUUAAAGCCCUACGUGAUAUUUGUUCCCUCCCAACGAGAGCAUCUGGUAGUUAUUUCUUCGCCAGUAAACGAGUCGGUGGCCUUGCGUUUCAAGAUCCAACAAUUGAAUCGGACCUGCAAGCGAUUGUGCAGGCUAUACGAAUCCUCUCUUCCAGUGACGAAGUUGUUGCCAAGAUCGCCCGCGAAGAACUGAAGACCUUUGUACGUAGAACUGCUCAGUCCAAUCCUACGGCUGAACUUAUUACGAAGUACCUCUCGGCUGACAAAGAUCCUAGGUUGGACAAGUUGAACUAUUCUACGCAUUCGUCCCUUUGGUCUCGUGUUCGAUCAGCUUGUCGUAGGCAGCAUGUCACCUUCAUAUUCUCUGAUAAUAACCCACCAUGUGUUAUUGCUGACGGGUCAGACCAGAUUAAAUCCAAAGAAAUCACCUUCUUUCUUCAUCGUCUUGUUCAGCAGCGGUAUGCUGAUGCGCUCAUGACCCUUCCGGACCAAGGCAAGGUUGCUCGUUGUCUUACUGGUGACCAGUAUGCGAACGGUUCAUCCUGGCACAUGACAGGCCUCAAUAUACGUUUCAAAGAUUGGAGGUUUAUUCAUCGUGCUCGCCUGAAUGUUCUUCCGUUGAAUGCCAACAAGAGUCGUUUUUCUAAUGCGUCCAGUACAUGUCGCCACUGUCCCCAACCAGAAACCCUCCCACACGUGGUUUGUCAUUGUUGCCCACAAAUGAUGCAGAUUCGUGAUCGUCACAACAAGAUCGUUGAUCGUCUUACCAAUGCUGUACGGUUCGGGGAGAUCACCACGGACAAAACUGUUCGCACAUCAGGCUUGAGGUUAAGACCAGACAUUGUUGUCGAGGAGAAGAAUGAAGUUCUAAUAAUUGAUGUUACUUGCCCCUUUGACAACGAUGUAGAUGCCUUAUCUGAUGCAGCCCAAGCCAAGUUCAACAAAUAUCUGGUUCUCAAAGAUCACUUCAUCUCUCAUGGUAAAAAGUGCGAGAUCUAUCCCUUUGUUGUUGGUGCCUUGGGCGCGUGGUACAAGCAAAACGAACUGCUGCUGACAAAGUUGGGCAUGACCAGACGUUAUAAAUCCUUGUUCAGAAAGUUAUGCUGUUCUGAUGCAAUCCAAGGGUCGACCAACAUCUACCGCCUACAUCUAGGUUGGGAUGAUGCGACACCGGCUCCUGCUCUUUAA